AUGCCUAUGGGUAUCCAUAUUCAACAGCCAACUAUGAGAUUUCGGAACAAUCGUGAAUCUACAGUUGCCCAUUCCCAUACGCUUUUCGCACGUGGUAGUAUUCGCAAGCCCAAAACAUCUGUGGAUUUUGUAUCCUCUACGCAGAGCGCCACCAACAAGCAAAUGCACCCCGAUCUUUGCGGCGUCUCUGUGUCGAGGCAAGUUUAA